AGAAUCCACAGUGUCUGUUGUGUUCCAGACUUCAUGCAACGGGAUAGAUAGGUAGAUUGAUUGGGAAGAGACAGAGAGAAAGAGAUAGGAGGAAGAAGAUCAUCUAACCAGGUAAGCAAACACCAGCGUCACAAAAUGUUGCUACGGAACUCUAUAGCCAAGACGAAGAAGUUCUUCCACAACACCAUCCAAAGCUUUAAAUCAUUUCUGUCCACUGGGUACCAGAGGCUACCCAAGACCCCUCCUUUCAAUCCCUGUUCUUGUAACACCAAUUCCCAUCAAAGCUUCAGAGAAUUGGAUAAUAAUUUCUACAGAGAUUUCUCCAAUCGAUGGGAUUCCUCCGAUCUGGAAAAGGCUAACAAGAGAAACAAGAAGAAAUCACCACCCAUGUCCAAGAAACAAUUGUCCAUUGACGAAGAAAUCAAGUACGGAAGAAAACAGAGCCCGGCAAAGGUUAGGCAUGUGGAAGAGAGAAGAACAGAGACUGUCGAAAUGAGGAGAGCCCAUAGUCAUGGAGGUGGAGGAAAAUUAGGCUCUCACACUCGCAGUGAGAGCAAUGUGAAAGAGAGAGAGGGCCAGUUAGUGGUGUUUCAGAAGCUGAAGGAGCUGGAGAUGAUGGACGCUAGCAACAUGGAACAUGUGUUAGACAUAGAAGAGGUUCUGCAUUACUACUCUCGACUCACCUGCCCUGCCUACCUCGACAUCGUUAACAAGUUCUUCAUGGAUAUGUACUCUGAAUUCUUCCUUCCUCAGCCUCCUUCGUCGUCGUCGUAGUCAC